CAAACCGGUCUCUGCCAUUAGCCAAAAUGCCGAAGAGUUGCUGUGUGCCCUUUUGCACCGCAAAUAAACAAAAAAAUCGCCAGUUAAAGUUUUACAUUUUACCAAAUAAUAAAACGGAACCACAACGGAGGACAAAAUGGCUUCAAGCUAUCAGAAGAGAGGACAAGUUUGGCAGAUUAUGGGACCCAACAACAAAACCUGUGUAUGUCUGCAGUCAGCACUUCAUUUCAGGCUUGAAAAAUGAAGAAAAGGACCACCCAGAUUACAUACCCUCGCUCUUCCGUGCCAGAAAGACGCAGUCUGCAGCUGCAGAACUGCAAAGGCUGGAGCGCAGAAGGGAGCGUGAACGUCACCAGGCUGUCCUCAGUGACGUUCCCACAGCCCCAGUACCAGAAACAACACCACCAGACGCACCAGUACCAGCAACCACAGCACCAGAGGCUCCAUGCCUUCCUCAGAGUGUGGAGAAUGAGAUUUUCAACUUAAGCAGAGAGAGGGAUGAGGCCAGGAAGGAGCGUGAUGAAGCUGUGCAACAACUGGAAAAAAUCAACUUUUCUGCAAACAGUGUGAGAGAAAAUGACAUCAAAUGCAAGCUGAUGACUGGGCUGACAUGGACACUGUUUGACACCUUGCACCAGUACCUGGUGCAGUUUGUAAAGCCACGAGAGACAUCCAAACAUUCGACACAAGAUGAGCUCUUCAUAACAUUGGUGAAACUGCGGCAGAACCCUUCAACGGACUUUAUGUGUGGAAUACUUGACUUGGCACACAGCACUUUUCUUGAUGUGUUCUCCUGGUGGCUCAAUCUGCUGUAUGCAAAAAUUUCAUUUCUGAUUGCUUGGCCUGACAGAGAAUGCGUCAGGAACACAGUACCAGCCGAAGUUCUUUUGCAAUACCCCAGACUGACGUCUAUCAUCGACUGCUUUGAGAUCAGAAUCUAACAUUCAAAGAAGCUGAAAACUAGAGCAAUGACCUACUCUAAGUACAAAAACUGGACCACAGUCAAGUACUUCAUUGCAUGUCAUCCAUCUGGUGCCAUCACAUAUGUCUCCAAAGGCUGGGGUGGGAGAGCGUCAGAUGUUCACAUUGUGAGGAACUCUGAUUUCCUGUCUCAGAGAUACCUACACGCUGGAGAUCAGAUACUUGCUGACCGAGGCUUCACCUUGAGAGAGGACUUCGCUGUUCUGGGUGUACAACUGAUUACGCCAUCAUUCACGCGGGGAAGAAAACAGCUGUCAGCAGAGGAUGUGGCAAAUUCUCGUGUGACCUCAAACAUUAGAAUUCACAUAGAGAGAGUGAUUUGCUGCUCUGAAGAGCUGGUUCCAUAUUUUGGAUGGUCCUAUUCCUCUGCGCCUGGUGAAGAGAUUGAGGGAUGAGAGACAGAAGAGAGAAGAGGCCAUGAUUGACCGAAUUGUACAUGUCUGUGCAGCAUUAAUGAACAUGUCUGGCAGUAUUAUGUACAACAGCAACUAAAUUUGAAUAGGUAUUUCAUUUCUUUCAGUGCUGCUCUGCUGCUGCACACCCUGUCACCCUGCCUCUGCCGUCUGCCUCUGCUGCCUGCUAUGCUGCUGCCUGCCAUGCCACCACUUGUGCCACCUGACGUGCCACUCUCUGCGCUGCUUUGAGCAGGCCUGUGCUCUGCCUCCUUAGCAGAAACAUGUACAUAUGUUAUGGAUUAUAUUGAGAACAGGGUACAACACCACAUUCCAUUAAUUUCAUAUUGUGAAUAUAUGUACUGUAUAAUGAUAUUAGAGUUUGUAAAUAUCACCCAACUCUCUCAGUAAGUAUUCAAUUAAAUGUCUAAAACAUGAUUCAAAAUGAUUCAGUAACAAAUAAAUAUGACUCAGAGUCACUGACUUAUUUAUUGUCAUUUUUACAUACUGAUAGGAAAUCAGACCACUUACCUGUGCAUCUCUCAGCUCCUGAAGUUUAGGAACGAUGUGUUGUGACCAAAAUCUUUGCGUCACACUGAUGGCAUCACUGAUGAACUCAUCAUCUCUGGUGACCCUAAAUAUCAGGCAAGUCUGAGGAGUCCAAGUGAUGAAGUCGGCAUAUACUCGCUGGGUGACGAACAUCUGCAUUUGGACCUAUCAAAUAAAGCCAUUGUACAUUUCUGUAAGGGGCUGCCUGCUUAUCUAGCCUCUGACAUUUGAUUGGACCUAGUUUGUUACUACUUGCUACAUUUACAAACAAAUGCAAUACAAUUGUAAUACUUAAUAUUUACAAUAUAGGCAAUACUCUAUAUAUUUUGGAUUAUCAUACAAAAUCUAGUUUCAUGCUUAAUUUUGGUGUACAGUAAGGCUAAAAUAUUUAAAUACCUGUGUGAAAUAUGCAUGGCUCCUCUUCAAGCUUGUCAGUGUUUCCAGGUGUCCUCUUUUGUCAGCAAGCCACUGCUGGAUAUGCUGAAACCCACCAGAAGUAUCCUGAGCCCACUUAUAAGGACACUUAGCUUCCAGAACACCCUCCCCACAGCACUCACAGGAUACAUAGCCAUCGCAUGAACCCCCCAAGUAUGGCAUAGACUGGCAAAUGUGAAAACCAGCCUUCCUGAUGACCAGGUUGUGAUGCGGUGUGUCUACUGGGGAACAUAUAUAUAUGGCUGAGGAUAGGUUGGCUGUGUAACUUGCAGCUCCAAGAGCAUGCCGAUAGGUUUCAAUGGCAUCAUACUCAUGGUGUCUCCCCCACUGGAUCCGUGGCUUCGUAAUUGGCCUGUGUCGUUGUUGACCUAUUUCAUUUAUUAACGACUUGCUUGGUUUAUCAGCAGCUGUCAAGACACGGUGGGCUAUGGAUCCUGUAAUACGACCAACUCGCUCUUGAUGCCACUGUACACAGGAUGCCUGGCUGA